GCAGACGGGAGGGAGGAGGGCGAGUCCCGUGGCCGGCCAGCCCCCGGAUCCCUCCUGCCGGCCCGGGGCCGUGCGAUCUCCAAGCACUCCGGGCCAGGAACUCCCGGAUCGGGCGCUGCCAGCCUCCAGUCCCCUCCCUCCUUGGAGGUUCCCGGCUCUCCGGCCUCCACGCCCCGAUCCCUUCCUGCCUGGCGUUCUCGGACCCCUGAUAACUUGGGGAUCCCGGAACCCCAACUCCCGGGCAGGCCCGGGCUUGUCGCGGGCACCACUUCCUGCCUCUGACCCCGGUGGGAGGGGCGGUCCUGCCUCGGCCCCCUCAGACUAGGGGUCUGGGUGCAGGAGACGCGCCCUGAGCUCCCCUCCCGGAAGAAUGUAGGAUGCGGGCCCCGCUGCCAGCCCCUGGCUCCUGCAGAGCCUCACUGCAUGGACUCGCAGCCGCCUUGUGCACCAGGGACCCCGGAGUUCGCGGCACGGCCCUCCCUCGGGGACCACGGGCCUCCCAGGAGUCCAGGCGCCUCUUCCCUCCUCUCUCCUCUAGGGCCCACCAGCUCUGAGCAGAUCAUGAAGACAGGGGCCCUUUUGCUUCAGGGUUUCAUCCAGGACCGGGCCAGCCGGAUGGGGGGGCAGACGCCCGAGCUGGCUGUGGCGCAGGGGCCCCAGGACGAGUCCACCAAGAAGCUGAGCGAGUGUCUCAAGCGCAUUGGCGACGAACUGGACAGUAACAUGGAGCUACAGAGGAUGAUCGCUGCCGUGGACACGGACUCCCCCCGCGAGGUCUUUUUCCGAGUGGCAGCCGACAUGUUUGCCGACGGCAACUUCAACUGGGGCCGCGUUGUCGCCCUGUUUUACUUUGCCACCAAGCUGGUACUCAAGGCCCUGUGCACCAAGGUGCCUGAGCUCAUCAGGACUAUUAUGGGCUGGACGCUGGACUUCCUCCGAGAGCGGCUGCUGGGCUGGAUCCAAGACCAGGGUGGUUGGGACGGCCUCCUCUCCUACUUCGGGACCCCCACGUGGCAAACGCUGACCAUCUUGGGGGCCGGAGUGCUCACCGCCUCACUCACCAUCUGGAAGAAGAUGGGCUGAGGCCGCCAGCUGCCUUUGGACUGUGCCAUUUCCGCAUAAAUUAUGACAUUUUUCUGGAAGGCUGGGGAUCCGGGGACACAGGCGUUUUUCUUACUUUUGUAAUUAUUGGGGGUGGGGAGGGGAGGGAGGCCUGGGCGGGGGCAAUAAACCUCCUUUGGGCCGCACUGCACAGUCUGAGUCACUGGCCUGUGGCCUCUGUGGCCCAGCCACUUCCCCACGCCAGGCCGGCGGGCAGCCUGCUCGCCUCUGGGGUCGUUCCCGGGCCUGAGGCUCUGGACAUGGUUUUCUGGAGGUGCCCUGUGCUGUCUGGGUUGGGGCUGGGUCCGUCCCAACCCCGCCCCUCCAGGGGGCUGCCCAGCACAGGGACACCCCAAGUUCCCAGCUUCCUGGGGUGCGCUGGGGAACAGGGAGAUUCGGGGCACAAGGCAGUGCCCUGGGGCCGUGUGCGAAGUUACCAAAGCCACAGGGCUCCAAGGGAAGGGCCUCGGCCCGGGCCAGGGCUGAGACGGACAGCAAAGGACCCUGCAAGGGGCUGGCCCAGGGGCCCUGCAGGACAGGCGCUGGGCUCGGGACGUGCGGCGCACCUGAGACGCACACCAGGGAGUCCGGGCAGAAGGGGGCAGAGUGAGACCUGGGAGAGUCCCAGGGUCGCCGCUGUCCCUCUCUGUCUGGUUCUGCCUCCCCAUGUCCUGGCUCAGCCUCUUCCACUUGUGGGCCCCUUGAACGUUGCCUGGCGCGUGGCUAAGAUACCUCUCAGGGCGCCCCACACGCCGGCUCUGAGCUCCUGGCUCCUGGGUUCCAGUUCCGAUUCCAGCUUCGUGCUGUGUGCACCCCGGGAGGCAGCAGGUGACAGCCGGGCUCCUGCCACCUACACGGGAGAAGUGGGGUGAGCUCCUGGCUCCCCUCCCUGCCCUGCCCAGCCCUGCCCUGGUUACUGCAGGCAUGUGGAGAGUGAACCUGCAGACAGAGGUCUGUCUACCGUUCAAAUAAAAUAAUAAAACAACAAAGUCCUCUCUUCGCCAGCAGGCCUACCUGAGGCUAAAGGUCUUCAGGCUAAAGUGGAAAAUGUGGUGAAUCAGUAACUCCACAGGCAAACUGGGCAGACAGCAAGUGUGGAGGGGGCUGCGGGGAGCCUGGGCGGCCACCCCGCCCAGCGAGACCGCGGUCACACGCAGGGUCCCAGGGAAAACACUGGGAACCAAAGACACGCGAGAACGCACACACGGGUUUCAGAGAGGGUGCCGCCCUGGGGGAGCGCGCGGCCUUGGGUCUGGUCCCAAGGGUCUUAAGCAGUCAGCAGCUCCAAGACCGACGCUGGCCACUUCCCCUCCCCCCGCGGAGUCAGCAUGACUCAGCACAUCCCGGCCUGGUCACCCGCCUAGGCCGAGGGCCCCAGAUACUGCUUGGGCCCAGCACCUGGGGGUCGCCUUGGCCAGGAGCUGUAGCGCCCAGGUCCUGACCCUGCACCCCGCGCCUGGGGCCUCGGCUCCCCAGGCCUGCCUCCAGGGGCCACUUAAGUGGGGUCCAGGUCCUGCCUUGGCUCCUCCUCCCCCGAGGUCAGGGCGCUGGUUUGAGCCCCUGACUCCCAGACCCACAUGCAUCUGGUGCGUUUAAAAAAAAUGCACGUUCCGGGGAGACAGGCACCCCGCCCCUGUGUCCCCGACCUCUGUCCCUCGGCCGCCCAAGGCGUCUCCUGGACACGCAGAAGCAGCAGGUGGCAGGCCAGACACGGGGCCUCUGUAGAGAGACUGCUCCGGGGCCACGGGAGACCCCAAGUCUCUGGGUUACCGCCAUAACAGCCCCCCCAGGAAACGCAACCCCAGGGAGACCCCAGCACCCUGGGGGUUUCACUCUCCCCAUCUCGCUUCCCAGGAACGCUGGGCGCCGACGGACUCCAAGGCAUCCGAGGAGCCCAGGCUUCUGUGCGCCUUAAGGGGCCGGGCCCCUCUUACAAUCGUCCCUUCCCCCCGCGCCCCAAUAGACUUCCAGGACCCCUCCCCGCCACUUCGACCCCAGGCUCCACACGCCCCAGCAUCAAUGACCACCUGGAGCGCCUAAAGGCCUCCCGGGGAGGACUUAAAUGUGGAUGCCCAUGGUGCCCCCACCUCCUCCUAACCCCCAGGCCUCAGGGCAGGAGCCCCCUCCUCCCAGAGAUCCGCAGGGCUCGCUUACAGCCACCUCCACAGCCCUCCACAGCCCUCCUGCUCGGGGAGACCCCUCAGCUCACAGCACAAACCCCUGGCAGCCUGCAGGUCCUCUCCGCGCUCUGAGGCACGACCCCCCCCCCCGGGUUCCAGAAAGUUCCAUGCUCUCAGAAACGGCCACAGACCCCUGCUUUCCUGAGGUAGCCCCAGGACCACAGGGUCAUCACUCCCCAGGGGCUCCCCGGGCACCCACCAACCUCUCACCUCCCGGAGAGACCCUCAGAAGCCCUCGACUUCCCCGAACCAGCCACAGAACCCCCACCCCCAUUCUCCAUUUCACAACAGGCUCGCGCAACAGGCGCGUGACUUCCCCACCUCAGGGUGGGGACGGAGACCCCCUUUCUGCGCCUGAUUGGUCAGAAGCCGCCCGGAGGCCCUGCCUCCCCCAAACGCCAAUUGGCCGAGCCCUCGCCCUCCGAGCCCCGCCCCCGAGGGCCAGCAGAGUAUAAAAGCCGCCGCCCAAGCAGCCGCCCGAAGCUACGCGUCGGGAGACCCGCGGACCUGUGUCUUGCUUCAACAGUGUUUGAACGGAACAGGCCCGGGGACUCUCUCACAGGCUUCGACCGCCCUCCGAC